UCGAGGUUGGACUGCACGGAGAGAAGAUGUCGGGUCAGACGCUGACGGAUCGCAUCGCCGCGGCGCAGUACAGCCUGACGGGAUCCGAGGUCGCCCGAGCUGUGUGUAAAGCCACCACACAUGAACAGACAGCUCCAAAGAAAAAGCACCUGGAAUACCUGAUCCAGGCCACCCAGGAGACCAAUGUGAACGUCCCCCAGAUGGCCGACACGCUGAUCGAGAGGGCCGGCAACGCCAGCUGGGUGGUGGUUUUCAAAGCCCUGAUCGCCACACACCACCUCAUGGUGCAUGGCAACGAGAAAUUCUUGCAGUUCCUGUCAUCUAGAAACACCUUAUUCAACCUUGCCAACUUCCUGGACAAAACCGGCUCCCACGGAUACGACAUGUCCACAUUCAUUAGACGCUACAGCCGCUAUCUCAACGAGAAGUCCUUCGCCUACAGACAGAUGUCUUUUGACUUUGUCCGAGUCAAGAAAGGAGCGGAAGGAGUGAUGAGGACCAUGUCAGUAGAGAAGCUGUUGAAAGGAAUGCCCACCCUGCAGAGCCAGAUCGACUCACUGCUGGAUUUUGAAGUGCAUGCACAGGACCUGAACAAUGGGGUGAUAAAUGCCUGCUUUCUCCUGCUCUUCAAAGAUCUGAUCAAGUUAUAUGCCUGCUACAAUGACGGCAUCAUUAACCUGCUAGAAAAGUUUUUCCAGAUGAAGAGAAGCCAGUGUAAAGACGGGCUGGAGAUCUACAAAAGAUUCCUGACACGAAUGACUCGGGUUUCAGAAUUCUUCAAAAUUGCUGAGCAAGUGGGAAUAGACAAAAAUGACAUACCUGAACUCACCCAGGCCCCAGAAAGUCUUCUGGAGUCCCUGGAGACCCACCUCAACACGCUGGAGGGGAAGAAGCCGUCGCCCACUAAGGAUGUGACAGCCAACAACAGCUCGCCUGCUGCUGCUGCUGUUGCUGUUGUUGCACCGGCCAGGCACGCGCCUGCCGUUCCUGCCGGUGGGCCCCCUGCUCGCCCCGGGCCACCUACAAAACCUCCUCCACCCUCUAUCACCCCCACCGCACCAGCCCCCACCGCCACCACUACCAGCAAUGCUCUUGAUGAUGGGUUCUUGUUGGAUCUAGACCCCAUGUCCUCCCUUUCAAGGGGCGCUACAGCCACUUCCUCCAUGACUGGAUGGGGAGAUCUCUUGGCUGAGGCAACUCCGGCUGUCACGGAUGAAGCCUCUGAAGCUCUGCUAACAGAGGGAGAGUCUGCUGAUGCUGAUGAUGCAGCGGCUGCUGCUCCUGCAACUCCCGCGCCCAAAGCCGCUGCCGCUGCCGCUGCCGCUACCACUGCCGCUGCUGCCGCCGCACCGGCACCCGCCUCUCUGCCCAUCUCGGCUCCCGCCUCAUCCGCAGACAUAGACCUUUUUGGAGGUCAGUCUGGUCCGAGGAUAGAAUGUAGCCUGCUUAUCUACAACGAGCCCCUUCAUCGUUUAUUUUGCGCUCCGGCUGUUUUCAUCUACAAUACCCUAGAUGCGUUUGCACCUUCCCCAGGAGACGGUCCUUCUGCCGUGGCCGCGGGCCCUGCUUCUGAUGCUUUUGGUGGAUCUGACCCCUUCGCUACGACGGAGGGGAGUGGGGACAUUGCUCCAGAGCUGGACCUGUUCGCUAUGAGGCCCACCGACACGGGGGCCACCGCCGCAACCCCUCCCACCUCUAGUGAGGCGCCGACCAUCGUCGUCCCCAUCGCUGCCCCCGCUGCCCUCACCCCUUCUUCCACCACCACCACCGACACCACCACCACAGAGUCUGCAGCCGCUCCGACUCUAGAUAUCUUUGGUGGUAAAGUCCUGUCGCUCUCAUUAUGCCUCUCACUGCAUUGUCCUGCAUUAUAUAUGUUUGAUUCUAUGCCUGAGCAAAGCCCUACCACAGAAUCCAAAGCUGCUACCACUCCUAGCGUAGACCUUUUUGGUUCAGACUCAUUUACAUCUCCUGCUGCUGCUGCUGCUGCUGCAGCUCCCACCCCAGAGGCCCCCUCUCCACCCAAAGUAGAGCCGGAACCGGUCAUUGACCUGCUGGACUCUUUCGGCGGUUCUGUGGAGGAGACGCAGAGCUCUGCUCCUGGAGGGCCUGGGGACGAUCUGCUGGGAGGCCUGAUGUCCCCCACCCUGGCUCCGACUGCUGCCCCAGCUCUAGUUCCAGCCUUUGCUCCUGUGCAAAACAACCUCCUGGAGUCGGGCUUUGAAGCUCUGGGCUCCCUUACCUCUCCAGCACCGCCUGUACCCGCUGCAGUACCGAUGGUACCAUCUCUACCAGAACCUGCAACCACCACACCGGCGCCCUCUGGUGGCUUUGAUGCUUCAAUGUUUGAUGGAUUAGGCGACUUGCUGAUGCCCGCCAUAACGCCCCAGAGUACCGGGGGCAGCACUGCUGGAAGUGCAGCAGGAAGCAUGGGAACUCCCGUCGCAGCGGGAGGCAUUGCAGCCGCCACCCCACCUCCUACCAAAACCGUAGGGGGAGACCUGGACUCGUCACUGGCCAACCUGAUUGGAGACCUUGGAGUAAAGAAAAAGGACCCACAGAGUGAGAAGAAGCUGACAGGAGGCGCCAACUGGAUGCCACAUGUAGUUCCCACAAGCUGGGCUACACCAGGAGCCCCCAUGGCUGGUGCUGCCCCCGGAGCUCCUGGGGCACCCGGAGCAGCCAUGGUGCCACCAAUGAGCGCACAGUCUGGCUUUGGCAUGCCACCUGCAGGAGGGCCUGGAGCUCCCUUGAUGCAGCCCCUAAUGGGACAGCCUAUGAUGGGACAGCCCAUGAUGAGACCUCCCUUCACUGUGGUGGCUGGAGCCGCUGCACCAGGAGCACCGAUUCCUCCAGGACCUGCAAGCCAGAGCCCCAAGAAGCCCAAGGACCCUUUGGCAGAACUCAACCUCAAAGACUUCUUAUAACGCCCCAGCUGCUUUCUUCUCUGGAGCAGGGCCCUCGCACCUUUUACUUGGUGUCUGUCAACAUCUCAGGAUGUUCAGCUUAUUCAACCCAAUAAGAGCCUCUUAUCUCCAACCGCCCAUCAACGCCCCACCCGUCUCCUGUGUGAUGUCGUAGCACAAACUGUGAAA